UUGCUUCAAAAUGUUUGAUGCAACUUAUUCAUCCCAGAAUCACCCUUGUGCCUCACCCUAUUUCCUAUUUUCCAAGCUACCAACCACAGAACCACUUAUAGAGGUAAAGGGUGCUCGACCGAAGGAGAUGUAUAAGCAGUGGAACAAAAAUCUAAGGCACUUUUAUAUGGGAUUGUAAUCUCCACCAUUCCAUUGCCACCGGACGGUAUCUCCGGCAAGGCCAUGGCACCUCAGUUUUAGUGCGUGUCAUCAUGAUUCCUUGCUCUGCUUAGUUUCACACUCCUUUUGCUCCCAUUAACAACACCACUUGUGGCUCAACCUGGUGCCGUAUCAUGGUUCCAGCGGCGAGGGACACUCAUGGUGGCUCUAUAUGGCAGCGAAGCAAUGGGUGCGAAACUUGUGGUGCUGCCGCGGCCGAUGCUCGGAGCAGGUGGCCCUGGGUGGAUGAAAAGCUUGUCACAGUCAGUGGUUGUAGAUAGAGUAGCCACCUCACUAUUUGAUGGCUGAAGGACGAUGCCCUGCAAUGCGCUUGGCGGAGGGGCGGUGAUUGAUGGCUGAUUGAGUUAGCAGAAGUAGUGUUGGAAUUGGAUUAGUAAGGAAGGGAGGGGUGCACAAUGAUCAGUAGUACAGGACAGGUGGUGUGCGUGACUGGUGCUUCUGGUUAUAUCGCUUCAUGGAUCGUCAAAUUUCUUCUCCAACGCGGCAACACUGUCAAGGCCACUGUUCGCGAUCCAAAUGAUCCAAAAAAAGUUGGCCACUUGCUUAGGCUUGAUGGUGCUAGGGAGAGACUGCACCUAUUUAAGGCAAAUCUCCUUGAAGAAGGUUCCUUUAACUCUGUUGUUCAAGGCUGUCAUGGUGUCUUUCACACUGCUUCUCCCUUCUAUUAUGAUGUCGAGGACCCGCAGGCUGAACUGUUAGAUCCAGCAGUGAAGGGAACUCUAAAUGUUCUCAAAUCAUGUGCAAACUCGCCAUCUCUGAAACGUGUUGUCCUAACCUCCUCUAUUGCUGCUGUUGCAUAUAAUGGAAAGUCUCGAACUCCGGAUGUAGUGGUUGAUGAGACUUGGUUUUCUGAUCCGCAUUUCAAUCUGGAAGCAAAUAUGUGGUAUGUGCUUUCAAAGACCUUGGCUGAAGAUGCUGCCUGGAAAUUUGCACGUGAAAACAACAUUGACAUGGUUACUAUUAACCCAGCAAUGGUCAUAGGGCCUCUCCUGCAACCAGUUCUUAACACCAGUGCCGCUGCAGUUUUGAAUUUUGUUAAUGGUGCACAAACAUUUCCAAAUGCUACUUUUGGAUGGAUCAAUGUGAAAGAUGUUGCAAAUGCCCAUAUUCAGGCGUAUGAGAGUGCUUCAGCUAGUGGAAGAUACUGUUUAGUUGAGAGAGUGGUACACCAUUCAGAAAUUGUCAAGAUUUUACGUGAACUGUACCCGACAUUACAACUUCCAGAGAAGUGCGCAGACGAUAAGCCAUAUGUGCCAACAUAUCAGGUUUCCAAAGAUAAGGCAAAGAGCUUGGGAAUUGAAUUUGUUCCUUUGGAAAUGAGCCUCAGGGAAACCGUGGAAAGUUUGAAGGAGAAGAAAUUCACCAACUUUUAAUUUGUGAUAUCUCUUGGAUAAGUCUAAGUUUAUACAACCAGAAUCUAGUUUAGUUGGUGACUUCAUGCUUGUGAAGAAAUCGACUAUUAAAUAAGGGUUAUCAAAACCUUGCACUACUGAAAUAAGUUAUGUAUAGCUUGUACUCGGGGGAUCAAUAUUUUUCGUCUCCCUAUUGUCUCACUCUCAUUUACCGUUUAACCAAUGAGAUUGUAUCAUCACACCAGUUUUUUUUAAAGCCACAAUAGGUCCAAUUAUUACUAAUUUACUGUUAUCCAUUGGAAACAUGAACGGCGGUGGACAAUGGAGCUCCGGCAACAUUGAACGGUGGUGGGAGAGUGUGAGAAUGAAGCUCCGGCGAAACGGUGGUGGGAGAGUGUGAGAACGAGAGAAAGCAUUUCAAUUUUACAUUUUUAUCAUCCAAUUAAUUCUAACAUUUCAUGUGAAGAUGUUCCAAAAAUCUCAUGUCCAAUGGUGGUUAAUCAAUGGUAAUUAUUCUUUAAAUUACAACAAA